UUCAGGUCACACGCAGUAAGCGAAAGUGAAUUCAUUAUGGCAGGCAGACUUUUACUACGUACAUGUACAACCUUGCAAUUGACAAUAAACAAUGUUGUGGCAAGAUCACUGUCACGCGCAAUGGGAACAUUAAAAGGGAUUCCAACUGAUGAGGAACAGGCCACUGGACUUGAGCGACGUGCCUUGCAGGUAUUGAAGAAGGGAAAGGAUCCUUGGAGCAUUCUGAAACCCAAUGAGUAUGCUGGAACCAAAAAAGACCCUCACAUUGUCCCAGGCAUUAGUGACAAGCGGCUGGUAGGCUGCCUGUGUGAAGAGGACAACACUGCCAUUGUGUGGUUCUGGCUCCAUGAGGGGAAGCGCUGUCCCGAAUGUGGGUCCCACUACCAGUUUGUCCGUCAUGAGCUGCCCCACUGAAACAGCCACCAAGCUCAUUGACACAAAGUUCCUUGCCACUAGACCAG